GCGGUCGCAACUAGGAGCCCACGGGGUGGGGCUGUGCUGUGGAAACAUGUUCAACCAAUAGCCUUUAAGAUACUGGCCCACUUUGGGCGUGGUCACAUGUACUAUAUACACAAUAUGUAAAAACGUGUGCUGGCUCCUUGGCUGCUGGAUUCGGUUCCAGUGUCUCCCCACGCUGAGGAGUGCUGAUCUGUGUCUUCUCAGGAGGAGCCACAGAGGGAGAAUGGUCAAGAGGUUGCUACCAGCCCAGGUUCAGGAGCCUGUGACGUUCAGGGAUGUGGCCGUGUUCUUCAGCCAGGAUGAGUGGUUGCAUCUGGACUCUGCACAGAGAAGCCUGUACCGGGAGGUGAUGCUGGAGAACUACAGCAACCUGGCCUCCCUGGGGAUUCUGUUUUCCAAGCCAAAGAUCAUCUCUCAGUUAGAGCAAGCAGAAGACUUCCAGAUGGUGGGAAGUGGAAUGCUUCAAGGUGUUUACCUAGGAUGGAAGAGGAUGUUUGAAUCCAUAGUUUUCAAAGAAGAAAAGAGAGAAAUCUUGAAAAUUCACAGAGUUGAUGAUUAUUUUGACCUCGUAUUGGGGAAAACAUAUGUAAAUAAGGAGCAGUUGGAGGAGCAGCGAGGCAACAAGGCCAAACUUUUCAGCAAAAUGCUGCUUUCCAGUAGAAAAGACUGUGUACAAGAGAGGGCCUUUACAGGUGUGGAACGCCUGAGAAAUCCUGAUGUCAAGUCUCCAUGUACUAGCAAAACUGGAGUUGUCUCCAGAGGAAGGAAGGCCCGCCCACAGCAGCACUCAGCUCUGUUCAAACAGCCGGGAGUCAGCACAACGCGCAGGUGCUAUAAGUGUAACGUCUGUGGCAAAGGCUUUCUCCACAGUUCUUCCCGGAGCAAACACCAGCGGAUCCACACCGGAGAGAAGCUCUACAAGUGUAAGGAAUGCCAGAAGGCUUUCAGCCAAAGCUCAUCCCUGACACUGCACCUGAGGGUCCACACUGGAGAAAGACCGUACGUGUGCAGUGAGUGCGGAAAGGCUUUCAGAUUCACCACCUCGCUCAUUGGGCAUCAGAGAAUGCAUACUGGAGAGAGACCCUAUCAAUGUAAGGAAUGUGGCAAAACCUUCAAAGUCAGCUCGUCCCUUAAUAAUCACCAGCGGAUCCACACCGGAGAAAAGCCUUAUAAGUGUAACGAGUGCGGGAGAGCCUUUAGUCAAUGCUCGUCUCUUAUUCAGCAUCAUAGAAUUCACACGGGGGAGAAACCAUAUGAAUGUAACCAGUGUGGGAAAGCCUUUACAUCAGUAUCGCGGCUCAGCAGACACCGCCGUAUCCAUACUGGAGAGAAGCCCUUUCGUUGUAGUAUGUGUGGCAAAGUGUUCAGUUACCACUCAGCCCUGAUUAUACAUCAGAGAAUUCACACUGGAGAGAAGCCCUAUGCUUGCAAGGAAUGUGGGAAGACCUUCAGCCAAAGCUCAGCACUUAUCCAACAUCAAAGAAUCCACACCGGAGAAAAGCCAUACAAGUGCGAUAAAUGUGGGAAGGCCUUCUCCUGGCUCUCACGCCUCAAUGUCCAUUACAGAAUCCACACGGGCGAGAAGCCUUUUCAGUGUAAGGAAUGUGGGAAAGCUUUCAGUUGCCACUCCGCGGUCAAUACUCACCGGAAAGUCCAUACUGGUGAGAAACCCUACAAGUGCACUGACUGUGGGAAAGCCUUCAACCAAAGCUCGGCCCUAAUUCAGCACCAGAGAAUUCAUACUGGAGAGAAACCAUUUAGCUGUAAAGUGUGCGGGAAAGCCUUCAGACAGAGUUCCUCACUUAUGACACAUAAGAGAACACACACCGGAGAGAAGCCUUAUAAAUGCCAAACAUGUGGGAAAGCCUUCAGCCAGAGUUCAUCUCUUGCCAACCAUCAGAAGACUCAUUCCUGAGAAGAACCAUCAAGUAAGAUGCACGUGGUAAACCUGCCAAAGGACACCCGUUCCAUGCUGACUGCAGCAGGUGUCAUCCUGGAGAGAAAGGGAUAAUAGUGGGGGGUGAGCAUCAAGUUAGACUUCAGCAAACACCAGGCAUUUGUGAUGCAGGAUAGACUUGCGAGUGUUGGAAAAACUUGAAUGUUUUCCACACGUUCUUGAGUUUUACUGACUAGAGUUGGCUCUAAGAUUGAAGGAUUAAUAUUUUCUUUCUAGUGAUUCAGAUUCAACAGCCACCAGCUUUCGUAACAUCACGGGGGAUCUGCCGAUGUAGGUCAAAGUGGAGCCAUGAAUCACCAGACUUCAGAUGAGCCUAGGAUCUGUGUUGGACAAAGCCUUUCAGUGUUAAUGCAAAAUAGCUGGAUUAGGAAGGAUGAGAAAAUAAAUCUGCAUAGGUAACUUGUAGCUACCUCAUGGUCACUAAAGUUUGGUUUUGAAUACUCUGGAAACAAGUUCUUGUUUGUUGCUCAAGCUUAUGGUUCAUUUUUCCUUUCUCUGAGUCGUUGACCUGAGAAGGAAAUCACUGUGAGCUACACAGGUAUAUGCUGCCCUUUGCACUGUCUUCCCACCAUUUACCGCCUCUGGUUCAGACCUAAAGGCACUUUAACUCACAGAAUGCAUGGUGUCUCCACUUGUUUUUCUCAGAGAGUAACUACCUUUGCUGUGUUAAAUUGAGAAGUAAAGGCUCUUUAGACAAAUGCUUUUGAAAUUUAAUUUACACAUACUCACAGUUAGAAAGGAGAAAUUAUGUCACCAUGUAGUCAGAGAGCACAGCUCGUGGCCCUGGACUGUGCCUCUUUCCUUGUGCUCCCUGUAGCGACUAUGCACUGCUUAUCUAAACUUCUGGCGUCAGCUUCGUAAGCCUGAGAGGUUUCCAAAGGGUCCGAGUCAUAUGAGCCUCCUUUCUCUUAUUUCCAUUCAAAGUUAGUUCAAAGCAUAGAACACUACCCCUCCCUCCCUUCUGCCUCUUCUGCAAUGUUCUCUGUGUCUUGGCGUAAUAUAGAUGUCUGGUUAUUUUCUCCCGUUUAUGGCUGAGCAUUGGGUAGAUAUGCUGCAGCAACCAUCCUUAUUCUCGGUACCAUGCUCAAUUGUGUCACCGCAGUAACUACCCCCCCCCCCCAGGGAGGGGCCUUUCCCAGGUUAGGAGAGAUUACAAUCCCAUGGUUAACUUUUGCAGAAGACUCUGGUUCUAUUCCAGCACCUAUUCUGGGCGAUCCAUAACUUCCUGUAACUCCAGCUCCAUAGGAUCCAAUGCUUCUGACUUCCAUGGGUAUCUCUCCUCACAUGUGCACACACACACACAAACACACACUUAAAACUAAAGGUUUCCCCUACAGCCGGUGUUAACAGCAGUGGUAAUUUAUGUCCAUAAUCACAAAUGUUUUGAAGGCAUGUAAUACUUAUUCAACAAAGUAAUAGCAGUAGCCCUCCCAUACCAAUGAGCUUAUCUUCCCUGGCAUACUCAUGGCGUUAGCACACUCUGUCCAUAGCUGAGCAAGACUGUUGGCGUCAGGUCUCCCCCAGCAGUCUGCACAGUGCUUUUCAGCACUAUGAAAGUGAGUUAGCAUGGGGGAGGGUCUUCCAGCCAGAUCCAAGCCUGAUUUCUCCACGUCCUGCAACUAAACUGUGUGAUGUCUUCAACAAUAGGGACUUCCACGUAGUUCUGGGAUGCAAACACCUGUAGAGACAAUAAAGUUUGUAAGUUAUGAGGUGAUAGGGGCCAAUAAUACUUUGGCCAGUAAUACUGAGAGAGGCAACACAUUCCUGGAAUUGGGAUUUUCACUCAACAGCCUGUGGCUUCUGAGAGAACCUCACUUCAGCCAUUGGGAAGAGGGGCAUUUAAACAUGUCGCUGCUGCCAUGUUGUUUUUCUAGAUGGUUUUCCAAAUCAGAAAGAUGCUUGAGUUAGCAUUAUGUACGUCUUUAAAAAACAACAAAAACCUAGAGGAUAGGGAUGGGCAGGCUCUUUGAAGGUCCAUUCCUCUCUG